UGCUAAAAUUGUCUCAAUUGUUGAACAAACAAUGAGUUGCCUUCAACUAAAAUUAAACACAAGACCCACUCAUUUCUUUCCCAACUCUCUCUCUCUCUCUCUCUCUCUCUCUCUCUCUCUCUCUCCUUCCUCAGGGUAAAACAUGAUGGAAUUGAAUGAUUUCAAAAUGACCCCACAAAUGUUAUGAUUGCUUGGAAGGAAAUCAUACGUUAAAGUUCUGUUCUUUCUUCAUUUUGGUUGAAGAAUCACCCUCUUUCUAGGUGUAAAAUGGGCUAUCUCAAUUCAGUUUUGUCAUCUUCAAGCCAGGUUCAUUCCGCCGAUGAUGCUCCGGUCAGCGGCGGUGGUCUCAGUCACAAUGGCAAAUUCAGCUAUGGGUAUGCUAGCUCUGUUGGCAAGAGAGCUUCGAUGGAAGAUUUUUAUGAGACAAGAAUUGAUGGUGUUGAUGGUGAAAUUGUUGGCCUUUUUGGAGUUUUUGAUGGUCAUGGUGGGGCUCGUGCUGCUGAGUAUGUGAAGAAAAAUCUGUUUAGUAAUUUGAUCAGUCACCCAAACUUCAUUUCUGACACCAAAUCUGCAAUAGCUGAUGCAUAUAACCAUACCGACUCUGAAUUUCUGAAAUCGGAAAAUAGUACUCAUAGUAGAGAUGCUGGCUCUACUGCUUCCACUGCCAUUCUAGUUGGUGACCGGUUGCUUGUUGCAAAUGUUGGGGACUCCAGGGCUGUUAUAUGCAGGGGCGGUAACGCAAUUGCUGUUUCGCGAGAUCACAAGCCAGACCAAACUGAUGAGAGGCAAAGGAUUGAAGAUGCAGGAGGCUUUGUUAUGUGGGCUGGAACUUGGAGAGUCGGAGGUGUUCUUGCUGUUUCUCGUGCAUUUGGCGAUAGACUACUGAAGCAAUAUGUUGUUGCUGAUCCAGAAAUCCAGGAAGAAAAAGUUGACACUUCUCUUGAGUUUCUUAUCUUGGCUAGUGAUGGGCUAUGGGAUGUUGUCUCAAAUGAGGAAGCUGUUGCUAUGAUUAAACCGAUUGAGGAUGCAGAGGAGGCAGCAAAGAGACUGAUGCAAGAAGCAUAUCAUAGAGGUAGUGCUGACAAUAUCACAUGUGUUGUUGUUCGUUUCUCGAUGAACAAAGACGUUCCUUCUCAAGGUAGCUCCGAGGUUGUGCAUUGAUGAGUGGUGGAUCCAAACUGGGGAGACAUGUCAAAAAAUCUGUUUAUGGUUUGGUCAUAAGGCAAUCUCAUUGCUGUGUAUCAUGAAAGAAUAGAAAAAUAAUUGCAUAGAACUAUUCUCACUUUCUCGGUUCCACAAUUUGUAACUAGCUAGGAAAAAACAAUUGAAUGUGUGGAAGGAGAUUAGCCAGAGUUCUUUCUAAUUGCACCUGCUGCCUGUAUGCAUGGUUUUGUUUGUCCACCCCAUUUUCAUUGUUAGUUGUUUCAGUCCAAUGCAACACUUAACUUGAAUUAUGUUUGUAAGAAUAGCUUGUUUUUUUGGACAUAAAAA